AUGGCGGCUAAUCGAGCAUCUGCCCGAAUCCUGCAUUCACUACGGACGCAGUCAAGGCCAAUUGGCAAGACAUCUCCCAGAUGGCCACAACCAAACUCCUCAACAACCCGUCUACCUCCCCGUCGACCCAUCUCCAGUACCCCGCGCCGCCCGAAGCAAGCAGCAGACGACCCGGGCUUCACCUCAAUCGUCGAUAACCCACCCGAACUUGUGCGAGCAGGACGCAAACACGGCCCAGGCCUAAUCAUCCUCGCCAUCAUCCCCAUAACCGCCUUCCUCCUCGGCACAUGGCAAGUCAAACGCCUCGAAUGGAAAACCGACCUGAUCGCCAAAUGCGAAGACCGGAUCGUGCGGCAGCCCCUCCCUUUACCGCCGCGGGUAGACCCCUCCGCGAUCGCCGAGUUCGACUUCCGGCGCGUGUACGUGACGGGCCGGUUCCGGCACGACCAGGAGAUGCUGGUGGGCUCGCGCAUGCGCGACGGCGAGCAAGGGUACAUCGUGGUGACGCCGCUGGAGCGGGAGGGGGAUGACGGGGCUAAGGUGCUGGUGAACCGUGGCUGGAUCUCCAAGGCGAAUGCGGAGCAGAGCAAGAGGCCGGCGGGGUUGCCGCAGGGUGAAGUGCGAGUGGAGGGCAUGCUGAGGCAGCCGUGGAAGAAGAAUAUGUUUACGCCUGUGAAUCGGCCGGAUAAGAGGGAGUUCUAUUUCCCGGAUGUGCAACAGAUGGCGGCGUUGACGGGGAGUCAGGCUGUUUGGAUUGAACAGACAAUGGAACCGGAUUACUUCCAGUUCCUAGAUUACCAUGCCCGUGGCGUUCCCAUUGGGAGGCCGGCUGAGGUGAAUCUCCGCAACAACCACGCACAGUACAUCUUUACGUGGUAA